CCGGUGGAGUACGAUCUGGGCCGUGCGACCAAUUUGGAGCAGGUGCUGGGACCGCGUUGGCUUGCCGCCUUUUUCUGGCCCCUCAUCAGCUCCCCGCCCACCUCGGACGGCCUGAGUUUUCCGGUCCGGAUAAAGGCACAGGAGGGUGUCUCUGAAGUCCUCUCUUCGCCUGCCCUGGUUGAUCAACCUCACGCGUCGUCGCCAAUUUGGAUUGAGCGAUUUUGUCGUCUUGCCGUCCCCACCAACCUCCUCACUAAAAUGUACCGAUUUUUGGCAAUAACCUGGCUGCUGAUGUUCGGCUGUGUCUUCUCUACUUGGCAGCGAGUCAGCAAUGGCCGAGUGCCGCAGCAAGAGAUCUUUUAA